ACAACCCCCUCUCUGAGGUGUGGUAAUGGCUGGAUCGAGCACUGAUAUUACACAGGUCUGAGCGAGUCUCUGGAGACUUAAGGGGGUUUGUCCCUCACACAAGCGAACUACCUGGACGCGCUGAAACUUCAACAACAACAAAAAAAACAACCUCAACUGAAAGCGGUCUCCGCUUUCCAAUCACUUUAACAAGACAACGUCGCCUAGUGCAAGGUGCUCAGCGGCUGGCCGAGAGGGGAAAAGGACCAAUUUUAUUUCGAUUCGCCUUUGUUUUGCAACGUAGAGGCACAUCUCAGGCUCUCCAACACCCCCCUCCCAGUCACUGGCACCUGGGAUACUCCUCGGGUUUGCGGAAGUAACUGUGAAGCUAAGUGCAGCACCCAGUGCCACCAUGAACUUGGAGGUUUUCGCCGGGAGGGGAUUCGGAGAUAAACCGGCCGAGGUUUGCAGCGACUCGGAAGGCAGUGUUCCCUCGCCCCUGUCCGUGGAAGAGGAGCUGGGAUCCGAUGGGGACUGUGCGGCCAACAGCCCGGCACCUACUAACCCGGGCUCCGAGGGGAAAGCCAAAACAUACACCAGGCGCCCCAAACCCCCGUACUCCUACAUUGCCCUGAUCGCCAUGGCUAUCAGGGACUCUGCCCCCGGCCGCCUGACCCUGGCUGAGAUCAACGACUACCUGAUGAAGAAAUUUCCCUUCUUUCGAGGUACUUACACUGGCUGGAGGAACUCAGUCCGUCACAACCUGUCCCUGAACGACUGCUUCGUCAAAGUCCUCCGUGACCCAUCCAGACCCUGGGGCAAGGACAACUACUGGAUGCUGAACCCCAACAGUGAGUACACUUUCGCGGACGGGGUCUUCCGCCGCAGGAGGAAACGCAUUGGCCGCAAACUCCUCAAGGAAGCCGGGCCGGGAGACAAACGCAUGGAGGUCAUGCCCGGCGUCAUUUCAGGGUCCAGCAAGGAUGAGGGAGCCGGCUCCAAGUUCUCCAGCUCCUUCGCCAUUGACAGCAUCCUGAGCACGCCCUUCCAGAGGCGAGAGGACAAGGUGUUAGAAGACAAAGUCGCCUGCAACGUUGGCAGACUGUUCUGGUCCAGCAGAGCCUUGCUGCCCUACCCGCUCAUGCCCUACACUGCCGCUGCCCCGGUGCCGCCGCUGUUCCCCAUGAGCCCCGGUGCUAACUCAAUACUUCAGCCCUACCGCUUCCCCGCCUCCGAGCCGGGCUUGCUGCAGUCCCGAGGCACUCAUUUCCCCACGAAAUGCUUUCAGGACACGAUUCCGGUCUCGGAAACAUACCCUUGCCUCGGAGUGCCAACGGCGAUGCAUCCUCAUCCUUACCACCCGUACAAGAUCGAAUCGCUCAUCGUUUAGAAGACGAACUUAAAAACAAGAAUAAAAACCAAGCAAACUCCAAGGGGAAGAGAAAUGGACCCCCUCUUAUCGCACUUUUGUUUUUAGAACUUUAUAGACUUUUCAAUCCCUUCCCACCCAUCCCGAGAAUCGCUAUGUGUUGAUUCGAAUAUUUGUCCCAGAUAUUUGUCUGGUUUUUUUUUCUGUACAUCGACCAAACAGUCGUUCUGGUCCUUACCAAAAGCACCAUUAUAUUACAGGGAUUCUAGUAAAGUUAUCAAUCAAUUCUGAACAGGUAGUUUUUUUUUAAAUGUGCGAUCAACUGGGCAUCAGAUCAUUUCUGCCGCAAACGAUGGCAUCGCUGUGUGCCAAAUAAGUAGUUACCGUGAUUUUUUUUAAAUAACAUAAAUAUUUAUAUCGUUUUUUCAAACAAGAUGGGCUUAGACAGCUUUGAUUUCGUGGUUUUAAACAGUUUAGUUGAUGACAAUGCUCCAAUCGAGUGAAUGAGUUUGAUAGAUCUCAGUACUGUUACUUAAAGACGGGACCACUGCCAAUGUAAGCAGGUGACUUUUUGUGUGUGUGUGUUUUUUUGUUUAUUAAAUGACGCAUGAGCCUUAUAUUUUCGAAUAAAAGCUUUGAUAACAAA